CACACAAUAAAUUCAACGAGACAGAAAUAAAGAAAGCUCAAGCAAAUUUUGCUAUAAAGCUGCAAUCUUCACUUCUUUUUUCCAUCUAAGCUUGAUCACUUACACUAGUUUUCUAACAAAUUUCAAAGCUUUUCUGUUUCUUUGAAGAUCUCUUGUCGCUCUUUAAUGGAGGAUCGUAAGGAGAAAAAUGCACCAUGGUUAUCAGUACCCCAAUUUGGCGAUUGGGAUCAGAAGGGCGAAUUGCCAGACUAUUCCAUGGAUUUCACAAAAAUUAGAGAAAUGAGGAAGCAGAACAAGAGGGAUGUGUCAAGAGCCAGUCUUGGCAAUGAAGAAGACCUCAUUAACCCAACAGCAACCAGUGCAAAAGUUGCUCAUGAUGAUCAUCAUCAACACGAAGACCAUUACCAGCAAAGCCAUCACAGUUCCACUAAUACAAGGAGAAGUAUUUUCAGCUACUUCAACUGCUGUGUUAAAGCUUGAUAUUCUUCGCACAAUGACUGUUUGCUAGACCACCUGUAAUGAUAUGUAAUUUGGAGACCAUUAUUUAUUUAGUACCCUUUUAUGUUUUUUGGUUUUUCUUCUCCAUUUUUAAGUUGGUUCUCUUUUUUUUUUUUGGGUUCAUCAUCUCUAUUUUCGGACGAAAACAAUGAUGUGUUUUGUAAAUUGGUGAUGAUUAAGGCAUGCUUGAUUAUGAGCAGAGGAGAGGAGAGGAGGGAUCAUGAUGCUCUAGUGGACCUUAUUGAUAAAAGUCAUGGGGGUGUCAUGGUCUGUGGGUGCAUGGAGCACGUAGGGCCAGUGAUUUGAUUUAGAAUUUGGAAAGGCAAUUGUGAGGUUUUAGUUCGUGCUUCUAGUGAAAUCAUUUUGGCUAUCAAUUUUUAAGUCUGGCCUCAACGGGCAAAUUGUUUCUGA